GUUACCUGGGCUGCUCAGCACCACCUCCUGCUGCUGUGACAGAUGGGCACAGUUUGCCGGAGGCCUGCGCCUGCAGAGGGAGCCUGCGGCUGCCUUGCAGAAGGACCGUUCCCCACGGCAAGGUCUGAGGCGCCAUGAAGUGGGAAGGCUUCUACGCCCUGGUCAUUGGCGUGAACCGCCACUCCACCGCCAUUGGCCGCAUCUGGCUCUCCGUGGUAUUCAUCUUCCGCAUCAUGGUGCUGGUGGUGGCGGCCGAGAGUGUCUGGGGUGACGAGCAGUCCUCCUUCACCUGCAACACGCAGCAGCCUGGCUGCAAGAAUGUCUGCUACGAUUACUACUUCCCCAUCUCUCACAUCCGGCUCUGGGCACUGCAGCUGAUCCUGGUGACCACACCAGCACUGCUGGUGGCCAUGCACGUGGCCUACCAGCAGCACCAGGAGAAGAAGCUUUUGGUGAUGACUGGCCACGGGGACACCAAGCACCUGGAGGAAGUCAAGAAGCACAAGAUGCGCAUUUCUGGCUCGCUCUGGUGGACCUACAUCUUCAGCGUCCUCUUCCGCAUCCUCUUUGAAGGCAUCUUCAUGUACAUCUUCUACAUGAUCUACCCGGGGUACCAGAUGAUCCGCCUGGUCAAGUGUGAUGUCUACCCCUGCCCCAACACUGUGGACUGCUUUAUCUCUCGGCCCACCGAGAAGACCAUCUUCACAGUCUUCAUGCUGGCCACCUCUGGCGUUUGCAUUGUCCUCAACGUGGCCGAAAUGGUCCUUCUGGUGGUGCGAGCCUGUGCUCGGCGCGUCAGCCGAAGCCACAACCCUUCCUCGGGGAAGAGCUCCUUCCUGGGGCACAAGCUGUCUUCAGAGUACAAGCAGAACGAAAUCAACCAGCUGCUGACCGAGCAUGACGGCUCCCUCAAGGACAUUCUCCGGCGGAACUCGGGGCUGCAAGAAAAGACUGACCGCUGCUCGGCCUGCUAGAGGCCUCGGGCUGUCGGUGGGUCAUUGGGCUCCGGCCUGAUGGAGAGCAGAGGACUCUUCUGGGCAGCCAAGCUGUCUUGUCACAGCACAGUCUCAAGCCCUUCUGGGGGAAUCGGGCUGGGGCCUUUCCCCCAACCCUGCUGUCACCAGCUACUGUCUUACACUUCCCUCCCGUUGGCUUACAGGCUCUGUAGAGUUUCUGUGGAUUUUGCAGGCACCGAAUCGGCCUGCGGAAUGCCCUGGUUGCAGCUAGGUGAAGGCCAGAAGCUGGUGGUCUGCAAUGGGGCUUCUGAAGGUCGCUGCAGGCCCCUUCCAGCCAGGAAAUCCAACUGCAGCCCGGCUCGCUGGCUGCAUUUUACUGUACCAAAGCAAGUCACAGUAUUAAAACAAUUUUAGAGGUCC